CGAACUGUUCCAUUGACAUUUGAUCGACAGAAGAGAAACGAUUAAUUCUCACGGCUGACAGCCUAAACCAAGAAUUCCAAGUAUUAGGGUAGCUCAAUAUCUUAGAAAAAGAUAGCCACGACGAAACGACUAGGAUAGUAAUAUCCAGUGAAAUUAGAUAGGAUUUCUAUUGUAUUCUUUAUUGUGUUAUCGUUACAUUUCAUCAAGCCUUUAAACAAAAUGAUCAGUGUAUUUGAACAUUAAAUAGUGUAAAAGAAUAUGCCCGCCAGGACAAUGGGUGACUGCGUUAUAGUGUGUAAUUACCGCAGUUCAUUUCAGAAGCAACAACCAGUGCUUAGCAUCCCAGUGAGAUUACACCAAACAUUGUUUUUGUGAUCUGGGAAAUUAUUUUUAUAUAAUGACAGUUUAACUCCAUUUAAUGCACAUUUAAAUGUCCGGCUAUUGUGAACUGAACAGUAAAUACCGAUCGUGACAUCUUUGUGAGAAAGUUAAAGUAGCGAAAGCCAAUCGGGUUUUAUUUUAUUUAUCUGGUUGUUAUAAGAAUUGUUGACAAUUGGAAAAGUGGCACCGCCAUUACUCAUGGAAAUUUUUUGUUUUUAGGUGGAACGUUUCAGAAUGGCAGCGCAUACUGUUCAGAUAAAGCGUGUACAUAUACAGCCAAUCAAGUUGAUAUGCUUGGUGCUACAGCCUUUGGUACCUUUAACGACAGUUUAUUAGAUGUUGGCUGGGGUAUAUUAGAUAUUGUAGCAGGACAUGGACAAACACAAGCUCUAGAUGAUGAUAUCAUGUUUGCUGCUGGAUUUCUAGAAGGUGUGUUUACUGCUGCGAGAAUAGCUGAUCAUCAUAAAAACGUAUUGGAUAUUUUCUUCAACAAACCAGAAAGUGCAGUAAUUAUACCUAAACUAAUGAAAUAUUUCGCGGCACAAGAUCAAUGGAUGAGGAAAAUGAUCAAGGAGAAUGCCAAGAAAGAUCCGUUUUGGACCCAUGUUGGAUUGGUAACAUCUCAAUUUGAUGGAUUAUUAGAGGGUUACCAAGCUGCCCGACUUACACAAAAAUCUUUACCGGAUUUACAGAUGUAUGAUUUUCAAAUGAUGAACAGUAAUGGAGAUCUAUCAGAUCUGAUCGCCAUAGUUUAUCCUCAGGGUAUAGCUGAUUGGAGAAAUAUGACUAGAGAAGAAGCAUUUAGAUAUAUUAUUACAGGCGGACGAUGUUCGGCUAUGGUGAAGGUGUUGGGAGCCUAUGAAGAUCUGUUUAUGUCUCAUUCAACGUGGUUUAAUUAUGGUGGUACUUCAAGAAUAUAUAAACACUGGAAUUUUAAUGUCAGUAAUCCAAAUACAGCCGCUAAAAAGCUGUCAUUCUCUAGUUACCCAGGAUUUUUAGAGUCUAUAGAUGAUUUCUAUAUGAUGAGUAGUCAGAUGGUUAUGUUACAGACAACUAACAAUUUAUUUGAUAAAACACUAUAUAAAUACUGUACUCCCCAAAGUCUGUUUGCCUGGCAGAGAGUUCGGGUAGCUAAUAUGAUGGCAAAUUCUGGUGAGGAAUGGGCUAAAGCUCUUGAGCGAUAUAAUUCAGGUACAUACAACAAUCAGUAUAUGGUAAUAGAUCUCAAGCAGAUUUCACUGGGAAAAGAAAUAAGAGAUAAUGCAUUAUGGGUAGUAGAACAAAUCCCUUCAUUGGUAGCAUCUGGUGAUCAAACCAAGAUAUUAAGAACAGGAUAUUGGCCAUCUUAUAACGUCCCGUUCUUUGAUGAUGUAUAUGAAAAAAGUGGAUAUCCAGAUUUUGUAGCCAAACAUGGCGUAGAUGCUUCUUAUCAACUGGCUCCUCGAGCUAAAAUAUUCCGUCGUGACGAGGGAAAAAUAUUAGAUUUGGAUUCCUUUAAAAAUAUAAUGAGAUAUAAUGAUUAUAAAGAUGAUACCUAUUCAGAAAAUAAUCCCUGCAAUACUAUUUGUUGUCGUGGAGAUUUAGAAGCUACAGGCGCUGGGGCGUUUGGUUGCUAUGAUACAAAGGUGACAGAUUUCACAAUGGCCUUGAACCUGCAAGCUGACAUUGUGAAUGGACCAACUUUAGGAAAUAAAUUACCUCCCUUUCAAUGGACAGCACAGUUUAACCAGUCUCAUGUUGGAUUACCAAAUGUAUAUAACUUUCCCUUUAUCACAGCCAGUCCAAGAUGGACCUUAUAGCUAAUCACGACUCUAGCCAUUUUAUAAAACUGUCUCUCAUUUGUUCAUCCUGCCGGUGAUAGUUAUCAAUCAUAAAUCAUCAGCUUAUUAUUUUUAAAUCACUUUGAUAUUCGGAGUUUGGGGUGUAAUGGUCUUCCAGAAUUGUCAUAGAAUAAUGAUGAAAAUUUAUGUUUUCCUGCAACAGUUGGCACGGGUUCUGUUCACAAUUCGGAGAUAUUCUUUAAUAUUUAAGGUAAAAUAUUAUAUUUUCAUAGACUGAUUCUUUUUGUGAAAAACUAAAGUAAAAGUAUUAAACAUAUUUAUUGCAAAAAUGUGAACAAACGUUAUACAGAUAAACAUUAUACAUUUUUAAAACCAGUAACAAUUAAUCUCUCAAUAAUAACAAUAACAAGUUAUUAUACAUGAUAUAAUACAUUCGAUCAUGAAAUUUGUAAAUGUUGAUGUCAAUAAUAAAGUUUUGUCUGAUAUUUCUUUAUUUUUGAGUGAUAUUAUUUUUAUGUUCAAUGUUAAAUUCUUUAAUAGUGCAAUAGAGAAUUCGUCUGCUGUGGUUAAUAUACAAAAAGAACAAUUGAAAUGGGAACAAAAUGUCAAUUCUUUCUAACAAUAUAUCACUUUCCGCUAUGGACUUUUUUUUAGAUUGCUUUAAUUAGAAAUCUGCUUUACUUGAUUGAUUUUUAUGUUUAAAAAAUAUACAAACCAUCAUUAACCAAAUAUCAUAUUGUUAUGUUUUUAUAUACUAAAUAAAUUUGUAUUGUCAGGAA